AGCCUCCAAGAAUAGGAAAGAGGUGUUUGAAAUAUUUGCGGGGACCGUGUGUGAGCGAGACCAAAUAGCGAAGCAGCACAGAGAAAAAGAGGCGGUCGUUGCGAUAGAGUCUCUUUAGAGAUUCAGACAAAAACAAAUAUUUACCCAAAAAAAAAACAGGAAACCUGGAGAGGCUCAUCAUCUUGGUGAUGGAAGAAGGGCGGUGAUGACUGGCGAACCCCAAAAUAUCAGAGCCCAUAAAUACCUAGAAACUCGAUAAUGGUGCUUUGCAAUUGCAAUUGCAUCACCCUCUUCUCUCUCAUCCCUCCCUCCCUUCCUCUCACCUGAACCGCUUUCCCCUCACUCUCUCCUCCUUCCUCGGCUCCACUGAGCCAUGCCGACUUUCACUGUCGUAGCUUUAGAUAGGUUAUUAGAACCUGGAACUUCUUCCAAAUCCGUUGACAUGUCUUCUCUUCCGAAUUCCAAGCCUAUUUCAAAUUCAAUGCCGGUUCCUGAGUCCAAGCUGGAGAGAAGGAACAGUACCUCAGUUGUGGAGAACAGGCUUCAUCGACCUCCAAUAAAGCCAGCCCUCUAUGCUACUCCUGAGGCCACCCCACUCCCUGAUUCGCCUACUUCCUUCCCUCCCUCGCCUUACAUCAUCAACCACAAGCGCCGAGGCCCUCGCCUUCUCAAGAGUUAUUCCGAGCAGGAUGUGUCCAUACACCAGAAGGCUGGAAAUGAAGAGAAACUCAAUGGGGAUGUUAACAAUGCAGAGGCCAAGUUGUCGAGUUCAACUGUGGAUGAUUCGGCUACUUUUACUUUUCCCAAGCCUGUUGAAGUGCAACAUUCGAAUGGCUUUCAUCAUUUUGAAAGCAGCAAUGGGAAGCUUGGGACAAGUAAUGGGAAACUUAGAAGCAGUAAUGUGGAACUGGGUAGCAGUAGUGAGCGUGAAGAUAGCUUCCAUGAGUCGAAAAAGAGAAGCAGUAACGUGGAACUAAGUAAAGAUUCGGAUAGGGAUGAUGAUUUGUGGAAGCAACCUGCGAUGACUCCAGAAAGAGAUAGUGACCGCGAAGAUUUCUUUGAUCCAAAAGACUCCAUGAGUGUCUCAAGUUACACAGAUGGAGAGGUAAAUGCUGGGGCAGAGCGUUCUGCGCAGACCAGUACACCCAUGGGGGAGUUCUAUGAUGCUUGGGAAGAACUUUCAUCUGAGAGUGGGCAUGGGCAGCAGCUUUCCGUUUCUGAUGUUGAAGCUGAAUUACAUGAAAUGAGAUUGAGUCUUUUGAUGGAAAUAGAGAAGCGGAAGCAAGCAGAAGAAUCCUUGAAUAACUUGCGAAACCAGUGGCAGAGGAUUAGGCAACAUUUAUCUCUUGUAGGAUUAACACUCCCUGCAGAUCCCACUGCUGCAGCAGGGCAUGAGGAACCAGGUUCUGAUCCUGCAGAAGAGUUGUGCCAACAAGUUCACCUUGCUAGGUUUGUAUCAAAUUCUAUUGGAAGGGGCAUAAUAAGGGCUGAGAUGGAGAUGGAGAUGGAAGCUCAGAUUGAGUCAAAGAACUUUGAGAUUGCUCGGUUGGUGGACAAACUCCGUAAUUAUGAGGCUAUGAAUCAGGAAAUGGUUCAGAGGAAUCAGGAUGUUCUCGAGCUGGCACGGCGUGACAGGGAGAGAAGGGAAAGAAGACAGAGGUGGGUCUGGGGCUCGAUUGCUGCUGCCUUAACUCUUGGUACUGCAGCCUUGGCAUACUCUUAUAUCCCGUCUGGUAGGGGAUCGCCAAACUACGAUUCUGAUGUUCCUGAGAGUCAUAAUGCAGGCAAAUGAUAAUCACCUUAUUAGCAACCUGACCCUAUGCCAUAUAACAAAAGGAGAGAAUAAAAGGUCUUUUAUACGCCACACCCUUUGUGGAUAACAUUCUCUUGCUCUUUUACCAGUUAAGAGUUUCAUUUGAUCUGAGGAUGUACAGUUCUACAAAAAUAAUUCAAGUUUUGCCCGUCACUGGCAUUUGGGAAGGUUUAUAGAUCAUGAAUAGGAUCAGUCCUUGUUUAAAGUCUACAUUUUGGCUUCAGGAUGUCUUGAAGCGUUUAUACGCUGUUUAUGCGCACGUAAUUUGCUGCCAUUUAAGUUUUGCUCUGAUUUACUUAUUUUUGUUAAGUGUAAGGUAUUUUGAAAAUUCAUAACAGGCUAACAGGAACAUACAGGUAUCAGUUUCUUGGUGCCUUAGUCACUAGAAAUGUGCCUUUUCAUAGUGCUCCACAGCCCUAUCUAAAUUCCAACUUACGGGAAAAUGCCAUUAUAUCAU